AUGCCUACCACAACAACUAGUUCUGGUGGUACUAGUUUUGUAGCCAAGAUUGCAGAUUUUGGACUCGCUAAGAAAACCAAUGUAAAUUACAGUCGAUGGAGAGGCACGCCUAGGUAUCUGUCCCCAGAUGCUUUUAUUAAUAACGAACAAGAUCAGUCCUCUGAUAUUUGGUCUCUAGGUUGUAUUGUGUUUGAGAUACUAACCGGCAAGUCUCCCUGGGAUUUGAAGCCUGGUUACAAUCCAAACAAUCUCCCUGACGUGUUGAUGUUUGAUCAUCUACGUACUUGCAAAAUUCCAACUGGAAUCUCAGAUGUGGCCUGGGAUUUUCUCAAGAGUUGCCUUGCCAUGAAGAGCAGGGAAAGAUUAACAGCAGAAAUUCUCUUGUCUCAUCCAUUCGUAGCGCAGCCACAACCAUCAAAAGAGGGUCAUACCAAGGUGAAGCUGGUUAUUAACUCCUUUUUGGGCUAUGCAUCUGGUGUAUGUUGCUUCAAACCGAACUCAGAUUACCAUGCAAACUCUGCCAUGGUUCAAUGA